AUGGCCAAAGGCAACCACUCAACAGUGGCAGAGUUCAUCCUCUUGGGACUUACAGAAGAUCCUGAACUUGAGGCCAUUCUCUUCGUGAUCCUUCUAAUCAUCUACUUGUUUACUGUCAUGAGUAACCUGGGAUUGGUCCUGUUAAUCCAAGUCAGUCCGCAGCUUCAGUCCCCCAUGUAUUUUUUCCUCAGCCAUCUGGCCUUUGUUGAUUUUUGUUAUACUUCCUGUGUCACUCCAAAUGCUCUGGUGAACUUUCUGCGUGAGGUUAAAAGCAUAUCGCUUUACGGAUGUGCCGCUCAAGUGUGUUUCUUCACCACAUUUUCCGUGUGUGAAGUCUUCCUGCUGUCUGUGAUGGCUUAUGACAGAUAUGUGGCCAUCUGCAACCCUCUGCUCUACGUCGUUCUCAUGCCAAGGAGACUCUGCUUUCAAAUAGCCACUAUCACAUACGUUUAUGCACUUGUCACAGCACUUGUUCAAACAGUGACGACGUUCCUUUUGUCAUUCUGUGACUCCAACCUAGUGAACCAGUUCUUCUGUGAGGACAUUCCUCUUAUGGCCCUAGCUUGCUCCAGCACUCAGGUCAAGGAGCUGAUGCUGCUGAGCAUGGCUGGGUUCAACGUGUGCUGCUCUCUCCUCAUUGUCCUCAUCUCCUACCUUUUCAUCGUCUCUGCAAUCCUAAGGAAGCAUUCCGGGAAAGGGAGGCAAAAAGUCUUCUCCACCUGUGCUUCUCACUUGUCUUCUAUUGCCAUUUACUAUGGGACAAUCAUUUUUAUGUACUUGCAACCUGAAUCUAGCCAUUCCCUAAAUACAGACAAAUUUGCUGCUGUUUUCUAUGUAGUAGUGAUCCCGAUGCUAAACCCAUUAAUUUAUAGCUUACGGAAUAAAGAGGUUAAGAACGCAUUUAGGAGAAGUAUAGAAAAGAUUCCUCUUAAUAUUAGUAAAUGA